AUGGGACCUCCCGACCUCGCGCAGUCGCUCGCGAACCUUCAAAUUACUGCGGCAGCAGACAAUGUCAACAUUGACGACAUCCUGUUCCAGCAAGGCCCCCGAAAGCGCCAGAAGCAAGAUCCCGCCGCGCUCAAGGCUCAACUCGAGAACGACUACCUCAAUCCAUCCAACAAGUUCUCCAACGAAUGGCUGAACCGACUGCAACAGCGAUGGGACUGCCCGACCGACUUGACCGAGCUGUUCCGCAUUGCGCCGACGCAGACAAGAACCGUCACACGCUUCACCAGACAAGGCCUUGAAGGCAAGGUCACUGGCUACAAAAAUGUCACCGUGCCGGCAAACAGCGCAACUGCAAAGAACUCAACAAGCUUCUCGCGAAAGCCCGCUAGUCGCGCGGAUUUCGUCAGAGGUGCAGCUGGAUUUUUCCCCUUUGCGCCUGGUGGUCUCGAGGGUGUCGACUCCAUUGCUGCUAGCGAGGACCAAAUGCUUAGACCUGGUGCUGCAGCUCCAAAUGGAACUGGCAACAAGCUCGAACGGGUCAUUAAGCUCGGUGCCGAAGGUGGCUUGCUCGAAGUUGCGCCUGGACUUGAGCGAGGUAUCGAUUUCAGCAAGAAGAAGGCCAAGGUUGACGAUUCAGAUGCCAAGGCUGUCGAAGAGGUGCUCGACCAGGAGCCAGAGGAUGCUCCGAAUGCUGACGGUGUUGACGGCAUCCCAGCACCACAACCCACGGAAGAAGAACUGGACGGAGAAGACGGUGAGGAUAUUGACGCUCUACUGCCCGUCGAAUUUCCUGCUCUAGAACCACACAGUGCUCUUGCUGCGUCGAGUGCUAGAAAGGCUGGCAAAGAAUGGGCGCACAUGGUCGACAUCAACCGAGGUAUCCCGAACUUCAGAGAAUUGGUUCCGGACAUGGCAAGAGAAUGGCCUUUUGAACUCGACAACUUUCAGAAAGAGGCUAUUUACCAUCUUGAAAAUGGCGAUUCCGUCUUCGUCGCUGCCCACACUUCGGCAGGAAAGACUGUGGUUGCCGAGUACGCUAUUGCUCUAGCAGCAAGACACAUGACCAAGGCCAUCUAUACUUCCCCCAUCAAGGCUCUCAGUAAUCAAAAGUUCCGAGAUUUCAGAGAAACUUUCGAUGAAGUGGGUAUCUUGACCGGCGAUGUCCAGAUCAACCCCGAAGCCAGCUGUCUCAUCAUGACCACUGAGAUUCUUCGCAGCAUGCUGUACAGAGGAGCUGAUCUGAUUAGAGAUGUGGAAUUUGUCAUCUUUGAUGAGGUGCAUUACGUCAAUGACUUUGAGCGAGGUGUCGUGUGGGAAGAGGUCAUCAUCAUGCUUCCCGAGCACGUGUCGCUUAUUUUGCUAUCAGCAACGGUUCCCAACACCAAAGAGUUUGCUCAAUGGGUAGGACGAACAAAGCAGAAGGAUAUUUACGUCAUCUCGACUCCCAAACGUCCCGUGCCGCUUGAGCAUUAUCUAUGGGCCGGCAAGAACAUUCACAAGAUUGUUGACGCUGAUAAGAAAUUCAACGAGAAGGGCUGGAAGGAAGCUGAUCUGGCUUUAAAGGGCAAAGACAAGGCUCUUCCAGCCCCGGCGCCAGCAGCCCGAGGGGGUGCCAAUCAGCGAGGCAACCAACGGGGUGGCCCCCAGCGAGGUGGCCCCCAGGGACGCGGAGGAAGAGGCGGCAACAGUCAAGGACGUGGCCGCGGUGGUCCUCCUCGAGCAAGUCAUGCCCCUGGGCAUAUGGGCAGAGCCGGUCGCCCGGGAGGGUUCACUUCGUUGAACCAAGACAAGAACUUGUGGGUACAUAUGGUGCAGUACUUGAAAAAGUCCACCUUGCUUCCCGCUUGUAUUUUUGUGUUCUCAAAGAAACGUUGCGAAGAGAACGCAGAUGCCCUCAGCAACCAAGACUUUUGCACGGCUCACGAGAAGAGUCACAUCCACAUGAUUGUUGAAAAGUCGGUAGCACGACUCAGACCUGAAGACCGAGCACUACCACAGAUUAUUCGCAUUCGGGAACUGCUCUCCAGAGGAAUAGCCGUCCAUCACGGUGGACUUCUGCCCAUCGUGAAGGAAUUGGUUGAGCUCCUGUUUGCGCAAACAUUGGUCAAGGUGCUUUUCGCUACUGAGACAUUUGCAAUGGGCCUGAACCUGCCCACUCGUACCGUCGUAUUCUCUGGUUACCGCAAGCAUGACGGGCAUACAUUCCGAAAUCUCCUGCCAGGAGAAUACACCCAGAUGGCUGGUCGAGCUGGUCGUCGUGGUCUUGAUACUGUUGGCACGGUUAUCAUUGUGCCACCUGGUGGUGGUGACGAGGCGCCUCCCGUUGUCGAUUUGCAGAACAUGAUUACUGGGCAGCCUAACAAGCUGAAGUCACAGUUCCGACUCACGUACAACAUGAUCUUGAAUCUACUGCGUGUGGAAGCUCUCAAGAUCGAGGAAAUGAUUAAGCGCAGUUUCUCCGAACAUGCGACACAGCAGCUUUUACCAGAGCACGAAAAGGGAGUCAAGAUUGCCGAAGCCGACUUGGCAAAGAUUAAGCGUGAAGCUUGUGAAAAGUGCGAUGCGACACUGGAUGACUGCCAUGACGCCUCGAUGAAGUACCGGGAGUUGACCCAAGAACUUCACAAGGGAAUGCUCUCCAUACCCAUUGGCCGCAAGAUGUUUUCCCAAGGGCGGCUUAUUGUGUUCAGUAAGGACGGUGUGCGCACCCCUGGUAUUCUGCUAUCCGAUGGCAUCAGCACGAAGACUACCGGUGGACAGCCUAGCAUUCACGUCUUUGAGAUUCGGUCCAUGAGAGAGACACGAGAUUCAACCGACCUCCUACCAUUCCUACCUGCUUUCCGGUCCUUGUUCACGCAACUACCGCAAUCCAAGAGACUCAUUUACUUCAAGACCCAGCACAUUGCAGUGGGCGAUGUAGAAUACCUCACCAAGACUGUCACCAAAGGCAUCCUGCCAGAUAUCUUUCAAGGAAACGAGAGUCAUGCCAAGGCCAAGGAUCGCAUUUUCCAAAUUUGCAAGAGUUGGGAAGCAGACAUUUGGGAGGAGAUUGAUCUCAGCAAGAUCAAGAGCAUGCAACUGCAGGAACUGAUUGGCAAGCGACACCAGGAAGCCAGAAGAGCAGUGGAUACAGCGCCAAUCCACUGCGAGAGCUUCUUGAAACAUUUUGCCAUGUGCCACGACCAAUGGCUCAUCAAGGAGCAUAUCUCGACGCUGCUGGCUACCAUGGCCGACCAGAACUUACAACUGCUUCCCGAUUAUGAGCAACGUAUCCAAGUCCUUAAGGAUCUCUCAUUUAUUGAUAAUGAAACGCGAAUUCAGCUCAAGGGCAAAGUGGCAUGCGAGAUCCACAGUGCAGAUGAACUUGUCCUUACUGAACUUAUCCUUGACAACGUUCUGGCCGACUACGAGCCUGCUGAAAUUGCUGCGCUGCUAUCUGCCUUUGUCUUCCAAGAAAAGACUGAUAGUGUGCCCAAUCUGCCCGGCAAGCUGGAGCAAGGAAUCAAGACUAUUGUCGAGAUUUCGGAAAAGGUCAACAACGUGCAAACCUUGCACCAGGUCAUCCAGUCUUCAGAGGAGAGCAAUGACUUUGUUGUUCGACCAAGAUUCGGACUUGUCGAGGUCGUCUACGAAUGGGCGAGAGGCAUGAGUUUCCGAAAUAUUACAGACUUGACCGACGUUUUGGAGGGAACCAUUGUUCGAACCAUUACGCGACUUGAUGAGACAUGCCGUGAAGUCAAGAACGCAGCAAGAAUCAUUGGCGACCCUGCUUUGUAUCAGAAAAUGCAGGAAGCGCAGGAAAUGAUUAAGCGAGAUAUUACUGCUGUUGCAAGUUUGUACAUGUAA